UUUGCAGCUGAACCUGCUGGUGAAGGUGGUGCAGCUUCCCAAGCCACGUCCAGGACUGAGGCUCUGGGAGAUGCUGAGGGUGUGUCUACAGGGAGGACUUCUCCAGCUCCUUUGCUGAUUCCUACACAGAAGCCUGGCAACCAUCGCAGAGGUCCUCCAAGGGGGAAGGACCAAGCUACAGGACACCAGAAACCCCAUGAUCCAUCCGAAAACAUGAGGCAAAUGCUGAAGGAAAUGCAGCAGGCAGGAGAAGAAGUGGAUGCAGAGGCUGGGCAUAAGGCGGCAUUUCCCAGAGGAAGCAGUGAUUCCAUGCCAGCCUCUGCUGCAGGAAGAGAGGCGAUGCCAGGCACAGGCACAGGAGAUGAGGGUGCUGGGAAGGCUUCUCCAUCAGCUUGGAUGAAUAAAGUUUUGAAGCCCUUGGAGCCUCCUGCAGAUGUGUCUACAGGGAAGACUUCUCCAGCUUCUCCAGCUGCUACCUUGGAUGCUGCACUCAAGCCCAGCUCCCAUCUCAGGGGUACUCCAACAGGGAAAAUCCAAGAUACAACAGAUAAGAUAUCCCUGGAACCAUCCAAACAGAUGAGGCAAGAGCUGAAGGAACCCCUGCAGACAAGAGAAGAGAUGGACAUAGUGCUUCAGUGGAAGGUGGUAUUUCUUGAAGGAAGCACUCCAUCUUCGGUGCGAGCCCCUGCUGCAGGAAGGAAGGCAAAGCCAGACACGGGCACAGGCACAGCAGACUGGGAUGCUGGGAAGGAUUCUCCAUUAGCCUGGCGCUCUGAAGUUGUGAAGCCCUCUGAGCAUUCUGCAGGCGUGUCUGCAGGGACGACCUCACCAACUCCUACCUUGGAUGCUGCACAAAAGGCCAGCUCCCAUGGCAGGGGUCCUCUGACAGGAGAGACCAAAGACAUGGCAGGCAGGAAAUUCCAGGACCCAUUAGAAAUCAUGUGGCAAAUGCUGAAGGAAUGUCUGCAGAGAAGACAAGAAAUGAAAGGAGAGCCUGCGGAGAAAGAAGCAUUUCCCGGAAGAAGCAGUGGUUGCAUGCCAGCCUCAGCUCCAGGAAGGGAGGCCAUGCCAGGCACAGGCACAGGAGAUGAGGGUGCUGGGAAGGCUUCUCCAUCAGCUUGGAUGAAUAAAGUUUUGAAGCCCUUGGAGCCUCCUGCAGAUGUGUCUACAGGGAAGACUUCUCCAGCUUCUCCAGCUGCUACCUUGGAUGCUGCACUCAAGCCCAGCUCCCAUCUCAGGGGUACUCCAACAGGGAAAAUCCAAGAUACAACAGAUAAGAUAUCCCUGGAACCAUCCAAACAGAUGAGGCAAGAGCUGAAGGAACCCCUGCAGACAAGAGAAGAGAUGGACAUAGUGCUUCAGUGGAAGGUGGUAUUUCUUGAAGGAAGCACUCCAUCUUCAGUGCGAGCCCCUGCUGCAGGAAGGAAGGCAAAGCCAGACACGGGCACAGGCACAGCAGACUGGGAUGCUGGGAAGGAUUCUCCAUUAGCCUGGCGCUCUGAAGUUGUGAAGCCCUCUGAGCAUUCUGCAGGCGUGUCUGCAGGGACGACCUCACCAACUCCUACCUUGGAUGCUGCACAAAAGGCCAGCUCCCAUGGCAGGGGUCCUCUGACAGGAGAGACCAAAGACAUGGCAGGCAGGAAAUUCCAGGACCCAUUAGAAAUCAUGUGGCAAAUGCUGAAGGAAUGUCUGCAGAGAAGACAAGAGAUGGACAUAGUGCUUCAGUGGAAGGUGGUAUUUCUUGAAGGAAGCACUCCAUCUUCGGUGCGAGCCCCUGCUGCAGGAAGGAAGGCAAAGCCAGACACGGGCACAGGCACAGCAGACUGGGAUGCUGGGAAGGAUUCUCCAUUAGCCUGGCGCUCUGAAGUUGUGAAGCCCUCUGAGCAUUCUGCAGGCGUGUCUGCAGGGACGACCUCACCAACUCCUACCUUGGAUGCUGCACAAAAGGCCAGCUCCCAUGGCAGGGGUACUCCAACAGGGAAAAUCCAAGAUACAACAGAUAAGAUAUCCCUGGAACCAUCCAAACAGAUGAGGCAAGAGCUGAAGGAACCCCUGCAGACAAGAGAAGAGAUGGACAUAGUGCUUCAGUGGAAGGUGGUAUUUCUUGAAGGAAGCACUCCAUCUUCAGUGCGAGCCCCUGCUGCAGGAAGGAAGGCGAUGGCAGACACGGGCACAGGCACAGCAGACUGGGAUGCUGGGAAGGAUUCUCCAUUAGCCUGGCGCUCUGAAGUUGUGAAGCCCUCUGAGCAUUCUGCAGGCGUGUCUGCAGGGACGACCUCACCAACUCCUACCUUGGAUGCUGCACAAAAGGCCAGCUCCCAUGGCAGGGGUCCUCUGACAGGAGAGACCAAAGUCAUGGCAGGCAGGAAAUUCCAGGACCCAUUAGAAAUCAUGUGGCAAAUGCUGAAGGAACGUCUGCAGAGAAGACAAGAAAUGAAAGGAGAGCCUGCGGAGAAAGAAGCAUUUCCCGGAGGAAGCAGUGGUUGCAUGGCCAGCCUCAGCUCCAGGAAGGGAGGCCAUGCCAGGCACAGGCACAGGAGAUGAGGGUGCUGGGAAGGCUUCUCCAUCAGCUUGGAUGAAUAAAGUUUUGAAGCCCUUGGAGCCUCCUGCAGAUGUGUCUAGAGGGAAGACUUCUCCAGCUUCUCCAGCUGCUACCUUGGAUGCUGCACUCAAGCCCAGCUCCCAUCUCAGGGGUACUCCAACAGGGAAAAUCCAAGAUACAACAGAUAAGAUAUCCCUGGAACCAUCCAAACAGAUGAGGCAAGAGCUGAAGGAACCCCUGCAGACAAGAGAAGCCCUGCAGAUUAGGAAAAGGGUGGCUGUUUGGAG